AUCUGUGUAACUACUUGUGUUUAAUUUGUAUAUUUGAGAAAUGGAGAGAGUGGAGGGACUUCUUUUUUAUGCCUCCGUAGAAGGAAAUGUAACCCUCUUGCAAACAUUGCUUCAAGAAGAUCCCUUGAUUCUUGAUAGAGUUACCGUAAACCGUUGUGACGACAUGCCUCUACAUGUUGCGUCAAUGCUUGGACAUUUUGACUUUGUCAACGAGAUCCUAAGCCGAAAGCCGCAGCUUGCCAGAGAGUCCGAUUCACAAAGGCGCUUGCCCCUUCAUAUAGCAUCUGCAAAGGGGCACGUGGAAAUAGUUAAGGCGUUGUUAUCGGCUCACCCUGAGACGUGCCUUGCACGUGAUCGUGAUGGGAGAAACCCUCUCCAUCUUGCAGCCAUUAAAGGACGUUAUCAAGUUGUGAAAGAGCUGAUGCAAGCUCAACCACAUGCAGCUAGGGCCAUGGUGGAGCAAGAGACCAUCUUGCACUUGUGUGUGAAGCAUAACCAGCUGGAGGUUUUGAAGUUGUUGGUGGGGAGCAUGGGUGAUCAUGAGUUUGUAAAUUCUAAGGAUGGUGAUGGCAAUAAUAUACUACACCUAGCUGUGGCUGACAAACAAAUUGAGACCAUAAACUUCUUGCUACUUGAUACAACAAUAGAAGUGAAUGCAUCAAACACAAAAGAGGAAACAUACACGGAUAUAUUGGCUCAAGGUCCAAAAGAUGUGAAAGAUCGACAAAUCAUACGAUCCCUAACACGAGCAGAUGCUGUUGAGCCAAAAACAGAAGGUUUGAUAGAAAAAAUUCCUCAAAAAUGGAUAAGCAAAACAUGUUUAGAUUAUAAGAAACUGUUCCCGCCUAUUAGACAAAAGAAUAGAGAAGACUGGUUGGACAAGAAGCGAAACACUUUGAUGGUUGUGGCAUCAUUCAUAGCAACCAUGGCCUUUCAAGUAGGUACUAAUCCUCCGAGUGGUGUUUGGCAAGAAGACAAGCUUGACGCAAUUCCACCCCGACACGCUGGGUAUGCUGUCAUGGCAWACAAUCAUCCAGUUUUACACCAUAUCUUUCUGAUUAGCAACACRGUGGGUUUUAUUUCGACUCUUAGCAUCAUCUUGUUGCUUAUUAGUGGAUUGCGUUUCUUGAAGCAUCGUGGUUCCACAUGGAUUAUGAUUGUUAUCAUGUGGAUUGCUACCACGUCUUUGUCGAUCACUUAUUAUGUUUCCAUAACGGUUACAACACCAAAAGAACAGGCUGAGACAAUUAGACCUUUGUCAGUUGCCAUUUUGUUCGUGUGGAUCGGGUUGAUGACUGUUGUGGUUGGGGGACACAUGCUUCGGCUGAUGGCAAUGACAAAAGAAGAUCAGAAAGCUUAGCUACCGUUAAGUCUAAUCGUCAUAAACCAUGCUCAAAUUUAUCUAUCUUGUAAAAUAUUUAGCCGUUCAAGUCUUAAAUUUGUGUGUAUUUCCUUACAACAGGGAAAAACCCUUUGUUAUUGAUGGUUAUUUCAGCAUUUAAUUCUCCUUUGUAUCUCCAUUGAAGAUCCACUAAACUAGAGAGAAAGAGAACUUGUUUUUA